GGUGCCGUCGGUCCGGGCCCGCCGUGAGGGGAUGGCCGCCAACAGCUUCGGCAAGAUCCUCAUCGGGAUUUACGUGGAGAUUAAGCGGAGCGAUGGCCGGAUACACCAAGCCAUGGUAACAUCUCUGAACGAAGAUAACGAAAGUAUAACCGUCGAGUGGAUCGAGAAUGGAGAUACAAAGGGCAAAGAGAUUGACCUGGAGAGUAUAUUUUCACUUAACCCUGACCUGGCCCCUGAUGAGGACAUUGAACCCAGCCCAGAAGCACUCCCACCUCCUACUCCUUCUGCCAAAAUAAGUAAGAUUGUGAAGAAUCGGCGGACCGUGGCUCCAAUUAAGAAUGAUACUCCUGCUAGAGAUAAUAGAGUGGUUGGUUCUGCCCGUGCCCGGCCUAGUCAACUUCCUGACCAGUCUUCCUCUGCACAACAGAAUGGUAGUGUUUCAGAUAUAUCUCCAGUUCAAGCUGCAAAAAAGGAAUUUGGACCCCCUUCACGUAGGAAAUCCAAUUGUGUGAAAGAGGUCGAGAAGCUACAAGAAAAACGUGAAAAAAGGAGGUUGCAGCAGCAAGAGCUUAGAGAAAAAAGGGCCCAGGACGUUGAUGCCACCAACCCGAAUUAUGAAAUUAUGUGUAUGAUCAGAGACUUUAGAGGAAGCUUGGACUACAGACCCCUGACCACAGCAGAUCCUAUCGACGAACACAGGAUAUGCGUUUGCGUAAGAAAACGGCCGCUCAACAAAAAAGAAACGGUAAUGAAAGACCUUGAUGUGAUCACAAUUCCCAGUAAAGAUGUCGUGAUGGUACAUGAGCCCAAACAAAAAGUAGAUUUGACCCGGUACCUAGAAAACCAAACCUUUCGCUUUGACUACGCCUUCGAUGAUUCUGCUCCCAAUGAAAUGGUGUACAGGUUUACAGCCAGGCCACUGGUGGAAACUAUAUUUGAGAGGGGAAUGGCCACUUGUUUUGCUUAUGGGCAAACAGGCAGUGGAAAAACCCAUACCAUGGGUGGCGACUUUUCUGGCAAGAACCAAGAUUGUUCUAAAGGAAUUUACGCCCUAGCAGCUCGUGAUGUCUUUCUAAUGUUAAAGAAGCCAAACUACAAGAAGCUGGAACUUCAAGUUUAUGCGACAUUUUUUGAAAUUUAUAGCGGUAAGGUGUUUGACUUGCUAAACAGGAAGACCAAACUGCGAGUGCUGGAGGAUGGCAAGCAGCAAGUCCAGGUGGUGGGCUUGCAGGAGCGGGAGGUCAGAUGCGUUGAAGAUGUUCUGAAGCUCAUUGAGAUAGGCAACAGCUGCAGGACGUCUGGGCAGACCUCUGCCAACGCGCACUCGUCUCGGAGCCAUGCGGUGUUCCAGAUCAUCCUCCGACGGAAAGGAAAGCUGCACGGCAAGUUUUCCCUCAUCGACUUGGCUGGGAACGAGAGGGGAGCCGACACGUCCAGUGCAGACAGGCAAACGCGGCUCGAAGGUGCCGAAAUCAACAAGAGCCUCUUAGCACUCAAGGAGUGCAUCAGAGCCUUGGGUCGAAACAAACCUCACACUCCCUUCAGAGCGAGUAAGCUCACUCAGGUGCUACGAGAUUCCUUCAUAGGUGAAAACUCCCGCACGUGCAUGAUCGCUACCAUCUCUCCUGGAAUGGCAUCAUGUGAAAAUACUCUAAAUACCCUAAGAUACGCAAAUAGAGUAAAGGAGUUUGGAAUUAGUCCCUCCGACAUUCCCUUCUCCCAGGGGGGCGGCAGCCGCUCCGACCUCUCUCCCUCCUAUGAGUGUGACGACUUUCCUCCUUCGAUGGCCAGAGUGAAAGAACUGACCGUGGACCCGACGGCGGCUGGGGACGUGCGGCCGGUUCUGCACCACUCGCCCAAUCAGAUUGACGACUUGGAGUCUCAGUGGGGCGUGGGGAGCUCCCCCCAGAGAGACGACCUCAAACUCCUGUGUGAGCAGAACGAAGAAGAGGUGUCCCCUCAGUUGUUUACCUUCCACGAAGCGGUGUCCCAGAUGGUGGAGAUGGAAGAGCAAGUUGUAGAAGAUCACAGGGCCGUCUUCCAGGAGUCUAUUCGGUGGCUGGAAGAUGAGAAGGCGCUGCUGGAGAUGACUGAGGAAGUGGACUAUGACGUGGACUCAUACGCCACCCAGCUGGAGGCCAUCCUGGAACAGAAGAUUGAGAUCCUGACCGAACUGCGAGAUAAAGUGAAGUCAUUCCGGGCAGCUCUCCAGGAGGAGGAACAGGCCAGCAAGCAGAUCAACCCGAAAAGACCGCGGGCCCUCUAGUGCGGCCUUGCAGCUGGAAGGUGGGAAGCCCACCGCGGUCCAGCUGGGAGAACGACCCUAAAGUGUCUGCGGAAGGGGCCCGGUGGGGCCGAUCAACACUCGCAGUUAGCGCGUGUGCGAAACACCUCUGACGCCCGUCCCCGCAUCCCGACGGGGGCCUGCGGCCCACGCGGCUCGGCUCCGGGGUCACCCGGGUGUGAUGAUGAUGAAUCUCUUGGGUUUUUCUUUCUUCUUCUUUUAGUAACGAAUCGGGCUCUGGACUUGGGGGGCGGGGAGGAGGGAAGGGGAGCAGGAGCCACAGUAUUUCCUUUCCGUUCUUUGUAAUAAAACAAGACGGGCCGGGCAGCUUUCAACUGUGUUUGCGUGCAUGCGUACCUCAUCUGUGAUUGUACAUACCCCUUCCUCCCCGGACACGGCUGUGCUGUCGCUCCGGCUCCGGACCGAGGCCCCCGAGCCCAACCACUCCUUUCUCCCGGAAGCACAGCCUCAAUAAAACGACAUUCCUCAUUUGUCGAUGUAAAUUUACUUUUACUGUGCAGCUAUCUUUCCCUGUGUUUGAAACGACUCCAUUUUUGCAGGAUGUGCCAUAUUGAGCGGAACUAACAAUCUGUGAUCGUGGACAAAACGCUGGAUCAUUCUACCUUCUAACUGUAACAAAAAAACAAAACACGGAGUUACGAUUGGAAUCCCGUAGAGCGUGAUUAUAAUUUCUUAGACUUCUCUUUGUAAAGAACAAAUAUAAACUAGUUGGAGUGUAAUGCAAGGUGAAACCAAAUGGCUGUGGGUGGGUAACGCGCAGCUGCUGCCCGUAGAUCGGCGGACCACGUGCUUGCUCCCCGCAAGUGGGUGGGAUUGGAGUUGGGACUGGGCCAGUUAAUGCCCCAUCCGAGCAUCCCUUUCUAGCCGCACGGGCAGUGGAUCCGGUUGCCCCGGUAACCUCGGGGCAGCGACUGUGACCCACGGCUCGUUUUCUGGACCGACGCUGGCAUUCGAGCGAAAGGCGUCGGCUCGGGCUGGUGCUGGCCGGGGUGGGGUUGGUCGCACUCGCUCCCGCUCGCCCAGCCUUUGCCGAAGCGGCACCGGUCCCCCUAAAAACGCCCCCCAACCUGUCAUCUCCAGGGCCGAUUAUGGGCACGGAUGGACUUAGCCCGGGGGGCCCUGGCCUGCCGCUGCUGCUGGGCAGAGGGAGAGCAGGGAGGAGCGGGGGCGGCUCUCGUGCCCGUCAAGAAUUCCUGGUCUGUAAUUAUGGCAACGGCAUCGCACAUGUAGAUCUGGCAAUGUGUUUAAUAAAUUACAAUAAUGAAA